AAUUAAACUCUUAUUACACUGAUUGCAUUGUUCGGUUGAAUACAAGAAUAUUAAAAUACCAAAUACACACGUGACAAUAGAUUAUUAUUUAUGACCUAUAAAUUACAAUAUGACUUUUAGGAAAUUAUUGUAAUAAUUACGAAAUACAAAAAAUAAGUAUCAAAGACAUACAUGUGUUCAGCAUUGAUAAGACUAAGCUAUGUACGUCAAACACGUUAUAUUAUUUUUUUAUUAUCAACAUUUGUAAAUUUACUCUAAUAGUUACUUCACAACACUUGUGCCCGGUAAAAUAUCUAAAAAAAUUAUGUCAGUUAGUCCAUAGUUGUUUGAUUAGAACGUCAUAAAAUUCGUUUAUUUAAUCAUGAAAAAUAUAAUAUUUUAUUUAUUAAUUACCCUUAUUUCUGAAAGCCACUUAAUAGUAGUCUCAGAAGAUGAAUCUAGUGAAGAAAAUAACGGUAUUGACAUUGAAAUAGCACCUUAUGCGUUAUCGCUAAGGCUGAAUGAUAAUCAUAUUUGUGGAGCCGCAAUUAUAAAUUCUGAAUGGGGUAUCACGGCUGCGCAUUGUGUUACAACAUUUAUCGCAUCAGCAAGUAACUACAGCGUACGCAGUGGAUCAAAAUACCGUAAAUCUGGCGGGUCAAUUCAUCAACUAACAGAAAUUAUUCCUCAUGAAAAUUUCAGUAAGGUAGAUUCUGAUUAUGAUGUAGCUGUAUUUAAAGUUGAACCAAUGUUUCAAUUUAAUGCUUUAUCAAAGCCGGUCAUGUUACCUUUAGAUGAAACUGACAAUAGUUGGGGAGCUGCUGUUGGCUGGGGAGCAUUUAAUGUUCGAGAUGAAAAUAUCUUGUCAAACAUUCUUAGAAUAGUCGCUUUACCAAAAGUUGAUUGGAAUGAAUGUGUAAGUGACUACAUUAGUGCUUUCGUGGUAACACCACGACAGAUAUGUUAUGGCUUCAAAAAUGGAGGCCGAGAUACAUGCAAAGGAGACUCCGGUGGCCCAUUAGUUAAUAAAGAUAAUAUUUUAAUUGGAAUCACAUCUUGGGGAGACGAGUGCGCAAGACCGAAUUCACCAGGAAUAUAUACUGAUGUGCAUCUUAUUAAAGAUUGGAUUAAUUUACACAUAGCAACGUGAAACAAAAUUUUAAUAAGAAAUCUUUAUUAUUUUUUUAAUAAAAAAAUUUUAUUUAUAAACUGGAAAAGUUUAUUUUUUUAAUAGUAUAUUG